UUGUUUUAUUUUAUCAAAUGAUUGAUAGAAGUGUAUACAUAAAAUAAGUACUGAUUCUAUGGUGGUGCCCCAGUCGAAGGAGAGGCGUUGCCACGUUGACGAGAAGGCUGCUUUGCUCCAAUUCAAGCACAGCUUUGCCAGCACCAACCAAUGCUAUAAUGAUUGGAGUUAUGUUCAUCCAAAACCAAAACUGGAAUCAUGGAAAGAAGGGUGCGACUGCUGCUCCUGGGAGGGUGUGGAGUGCGAUGACAGAACUGAUCAUGUCAUCGGCUUAGACCUCAGUGGGAGCUGCCUCUUCGGUUCCAUAAACUCCAGUAGCAAUGCACUCUUUACCCUCACUCACCUCCAGAGGCUAAACCUCUCCUACAAUGACUUCAACUAUUCUCACAUACCCUCCGCAAUCGGAAACCUCUCCCGUCUCACUCAUCUCGACUUGUCCGCCUCAUACCUUACAGGCCAAAUCCCGCAACAGCAGCUCUCCAAUAUAACCACUUUGGUUUCCCUCGAUCUGUCUUAUAAUUAUCGUAGGGAUGAUGUCUCUGCACACGGAUUGGAAGUUCAUAGUGUAGAAGGACUGGUACAACACAUGAUCAACUUGAAGGAGCUCCAUCUAUUAGACGUGAUAAUUUCUUCUUCACAUGUACCUCAACUCCUCUCCAAUUUCUCAUCUUUAGAGUCUCUGCUUCUUCGUAACUGUGAACUCAAGGGUGAAUUCCCCGUUGCCAUUUUCCAUCUCCCAAAACUCAAGAUGCUCGAUCUAAGUGACAAUCAUGAUCUCAGAGGUUAUUUGCCCGACUUCCCUUCAGGGAGCCCUCUGAAAUCAUUGCUACUCUAUUAUACAAGUUUUGGGGGAGUGGUGCCUCCCUCCAUUGGAAAUCUCGCCUCUUUGGAAGAUAUAGACAUCUCCAGCUGCAAUUUUACAGGGAAACUUCCGAUGUCACUUGGAAAUCUAACCCAACUUGUUUCUUUUAAUUUAUGGGGUGAUACUUUUUAUCAUCCUUAUGGUGUUUAUUUCACCCCAGAUAGUAACCGCUUCAGCCCUGAUAGUUUUACUACUACUUCAUUGUCAUGGAUUGGUAAGCUCACCAAGCUCACUCAUUUGAACCUUGCACGCUUGGACUUGACAGGUGGCAUUCCAUCUUGGCUCAUGAACCUCACUCAAAUUAUAAAAAUCGACAUGACUUGGGACCGAAUUCCUCUUGGGCUUCAGGUGCUAAAUCUCUCUAGAAACCGUCUGAGCGGUCACAUUUCAUCUUCUUUCUCCAAUAUGGAAAAUUUAGAAUCUUUAGAUCUCUCCCAAAACCAACUCACGGGAAGCAUUCCAGUGGAGCUCACAAAACUCACAUCUCUUUCAUCAUUUGACGUGUCAUAUAACAAUCUCUCUGGCCCUAUACCCCAAGGAAACCAGUUCUGUACCUUUGAGCUCAAAUCAUUUGAAGGGAAUGUAGGAUUGUUUUUUGAACCUUGGAACAAACUGUGUGGAAACGCGAGGUCUUUGCCCCAACUGCAGCAGCCUCCAUCCCAUUCAGAAGAAGAAGGUGAUGACUCGGAAUCAGACUUGAAAAUAGAGUGGAUGAUAAUAUCGAUCGGGUUCGUAAGUGGUUUGGUUGUUGGAGUGAUCCUUGGGAACGAGUUGAUUGCAAGAAAACAGUAUUGGUUCGUCAAGACUUUGGCAAGGAUAGGGAUACGGUAGGCCCGAGAUCAGGGGAAGCAUUCUCAAUUGAUCAGUUUUGUUUUGGUUCUGGAAGAGCAAUAAAUAAAAUGGUUGUGGAUGU